AAGUGAUUUGUGGAUUGGAUUGGUUGAAUGCUAGCGAAGCAAGCCAAGCAAAGCAAAAUGGUGGAAUCCGUGGAAUAGUUUCAAGAAAGAAGCCAUAAAUCGACAAAGCAAUCCCUAUACUGGACAACACUUUACAUUAUUCGAUAGUUACGGAUUUGGUUCAUCACUUUUUGUUUUGAUUUUAUUAUUUACGGGGCAAAAAUGUCGGAGUCAAGCGAUGCAAUUGAUAUGAAAUCGUGUCGAAUAUGUUUGUCGACCAAGAAACCACUUUGCCCGCUUUUUAGAUACAAGCUUUCGGGUAAUUAUGCCGAAAUGCUCACAGCGAUAGCUGAUGUUAAGGUUGCAUCCAACGAUGGGCUUCCAGAUAGAAUAUGCCAUAAGUGUUGUACUGCCUUGGAAAAGGCAUACCUUCUUAAAACUGUGGCUGAAAGGACGGAUAAGAAACUUCGAAAAAUAAUGGUAAAAAUGAAUCAAAAUGUUCAGACUAAGAAAAUAGCUUUCGACUCUUUUACUGAUAUAAAGAGUGAGAUUGGCCCACUAGCAGUAAAAUCUGAACCAAAAUGGGAGUUGGAAAUUGAUACAGCAGGCAAUGUGAAACCAGUAGAGACCAUGGAAGGAAAGGACAUAGUCAUAGCCAACACAGUUAUAAGAAAAGUAGAAGGUGGUGAAGAUAAUAAGGAUUUGGAAUCGAAAAAUGAUAUUUUUUCAGAUAAAGUAGAUCUGACUUGGCAAAAAAAGAAGGAAGGCAGUGAUUAUGAUACUGAAUACUUAGAUGAUGAUUUCUUCCAAGAAGAUGAUGACGAUGAUUAUGUCCCUCCAGAAAAGAAAACUAAGUUUAAAAAACCAAAAUUGUCAGAUAUCAAAGUGUUUAAAGGAAAGAAAACUGUUGUAAGGAGUGUCAAAGUUCUUACACAAGUCAAAUCUGAGGAUGGUAAAAGCAAAGAAAAAGGCGAAGGCAAAUCCAAGGCUACGACAAUAACUUGCUAUCCAAUUAUGAAGAAUGGGUCACGAGGUCCACCAAUCCUUCUAAAGAGGCCAAAAGAUGCCACAGUACUUAAGGUGCAUCCUAGUUACAAAACAAAAUCGUCAUCAGGGGAGACUAAAGUUCUUAGCAGAGAAAAAACAGUUCGCGUGGUGAGGAGUGCUAAGCCUGUAGUGAAACAGAGAGAAAAGCUUGUCUGCCCUAUAUGUGGCAUACUCACUUUCACUCUGGGUAACCACAUAUCGACCCACCAAGAGAAGAAGAAGUUCAACUGCUCGGAAUGUGCGCGCUCGUUUGCACAGAAGGGCAACUUGCUGGCACACAUGAAGCAACAUACGGGCAUCAAGGACUACAUCUGCGAUAUAUGCGGCGCAGGAUUCUACAGUCAGAAGUCUCUAGUCAGACACAAUCUGAUACACAAGGGAGAAAGACCUUUCGCAUGCAACUUGUGCCCGAAAAAGUUCAUUGCUGCGCAGUCCCUGCGACGGCACAUGCGGAUCCACACGGGUGACAAGCGGUUCGUCUGCCACAUCUGCAACAAGAGUUUCACGCAGAGCCACCACCUCCGCAACCACAUGCUCGUUCACACUGGCGACAAGCCCUUCCUCUGUCAGGUGUGCAACGUUGCGUUCAGCUACAAGGUGAACUUAAACAACCACGUGUACAAGGUUCACGGCAUCAACCUCAAGUUCAAGUCCAUCCACACGGUGACGGAGGACAUCCUCCGGCGGGAGAUGGGCAUGGUGAACGAGACUCGGAUGGCCAUCAUGCAGAUAACGCCCGGCAUAGGAGACGUGCCGCCGCCCGCCGCGCAUGAAACUGUACACCAUUCUUCUGAUUAUUAAUUAUAACUACCCAUUUACCAUCGGACAUAAUACCUAUACGUUAUAGCAUGGUGCGUAGGCUAGCUUUCAGAACAGGGAUGUUGCUGAUGUUUUAAACAUCCGCGAAUGCAAAUGUAGAUGCUGAAUUUUAACGUUCACAUCAGUGGACGCGGAUCUUAACAUGUAAUAAAGAAAAUCUACAUAACCUCGUUUUUCACAAUACAGAAACAAUGGGGUUUGGAUUUUAAAUGACAUAAUUCAGUAUUUGAAAAGGUUGGAACGCCAGAUUAGCAGUCAUACAUAUUUCUAGAAAGAGAAUCGGUUCAAAAUUAUGAUGGUAGGAAGUACUAUUUCAUACGAGUUUAUUGAAAUUAGUUACAUACUGAAGUAUGCAAGCGUUCCCUAGAUAAUAGGUAUUUUCAAAACGUCAAGCCAGCGGGAUCAAAGAACUGCCUUUAUAACUUUGGAACCGUUGAAGUACUCAUUUCGGUAUUUUGCAGGGGGUAAGUACUAUUUCGGUACUAUUUUUUGGCGUUUAAAUCAAAGCGAAAGACCUUGUCGUUAACUCUCGCCAAAUUUCGCUCACCGUCAAGCUAGCAAGUGCAAUAAAACAUGGCUAUAAAUCCAGAACCGUGAAGGUACUAAUUUUUUUACAACAGGUACUAUUUUUUUCAAUAAGAGUACUAUUUUUUGGUAUGGUCAAAUUAUUUUUUCGUGCCCAUUUUUUUUUUGAGGCCGCUAGCUUGACGCACACCAAAUGGUAUAACAUGCUGAUCCGAUCCCAAGUCUCAUACUAUUGAAUGAGAAGUCAAUGAACCUUGGCCAGUGUUUUGCAAAUGUUAAGCACCAUGAAAUUUAGGGCCUCUAUCGGACUAGUGUAAUAGUUGAUAUACCGUAAUAACACGGCCCUAAACACCGUGUUUGCAUACAUUCUUUAAUGUAUUCCUAAAAAUGUAGUGAAAAGUCUUAAGUAUCAUUUCUACUUCAUGUGGUAUAUUAGAGAAACACGCGUGCUCUCUUCAUUAUUGACUAACAGAAAUACGUUGUAAGAUCAUUGCUGAUCCCAGUGACGUGACAUUGUACGGUCGCAAGCAUCAAUAUGCAUACACUUUGGUACCAUGUCACAUGAUGUUUUUUGACAAAUUGCACUGUAAGUCUCACUAAAUGUCAAAUAUGUUAGUGUGACAGUCCUAAAGUGGGUACAUUAUGCUCAUGACUACAUUGCAUUUCAUUUUUCUUAUUAUUUCGUGGUAAUGAUGCGAUAAGCACGGUUACUUAGCAUAUAUGCAAACCAACUCUGUCUUGCUAUAGUGAAAAGGCAGUGGGGUGAUGUACUUUACAUUUGAUAUAUGUAGUACAAUCAAGCUUCGUCCCCACUAGACAGAUAUUUUCUCUUCAACUAUAUAGCAAAGUCGCGAGAUUAGACGUCAUGCGAAGCCUAGUAACGUCCCGCAUUUUGUACGGGGACUCAUGCCGAUUCAAUGUAGCUGCGUCUCUUUCGUGCGAAUAUGCACUCGUAUCUAUCCUUCUCCGACUGAAAUCCCGUCCUGGAUACUGUCAUACUUUAUUUUUUUUGUUGGAUAUUUACAGUAACUUUUGUUCUGAUCUAUUUUCACCUACUUUUGUAGGAUCGAUUGGUAGGCCCCAUGCCAGAACAUUGCUUAUGCCUCUAGGCAGGAGGGUGGUAUUUGAAUGGAGUUGGUUAUCAGUACCACUACGUACUUAUCGAUAUUGAUUUUUUUACCGGGUGAGAGCCUUCAGCGCUCCCCAUUUGUCCGGCCAAGUAGUUAAUGCCAUCUGCGGCAAAUCUACAAUAAGUCACGUCAAAAAAAAAAAGAUAUUGAUUUGAAUACGUGUAGACCAGAUAGGAAAUUAUGCACAGCACAAUUUAUUUGUUUUGUGUUGUUAUUUGUUGACUGUAUACCUUUUGCGCCAAGUUAAAUAUUUUAAGUUUUGUACACUUUGGUAUUUUUUAUUUUAAAAGUACCUACAUAGAACUAUAAAAACAUUAGGCCACA